AAUACUAUUUUUUUUUAUAACAACCCUAUUAUAUUCCACUAAAUUCGUCUUCUAGUAUUGUGAACUUUAUAUGAGUGCACAUAUCAUCUUUUUCUCUCUUCUUCCUAAGUAAUUUCAAUUAUCCCAGGAGUGAGAAAAAUAUAAUAGAACAGAAGGUAUAGAGAAAAAUAAGUUAUGAAUGGUGUUACUGUCCUGGAACCAGAUUCCUCUGAAUUUGUUGAAGUUGAUCCAACUGGAAGAUAUGGAAGGUACAAUGAAAUUCUAGGCAAAGGAGCUUCAAAGACGGUUUAUAGAGCUUUCGAUGAGUAUGAAGGGAUUGAAGUGGCUUGGAAUCAGGUAAAGCUUUAUGAUUUCCUUGAAAGUCCUGAAGAUCUAGAGAGGUUGUAUUGUGAAAUUCAUCUUCUCAAGACCUUGAAACACAUCAACAUCAUGAAGUUCUACACUUCUUGGGUGGAUACUGCCAACAGGAACAUAAACUUCGUCACUGAAAUGUUCACCUCUGGUACUCUCAGACAGUAUAGGCUAAAACACAAGAGAGUUAACAUUAGGGCAAUAAAGAAUUGGUGUAGGCAGAUCUUGACAGGCCUCCACUACCUCCACAGCCAUGACCCCCCGAUAAUCCACAGAGAUCUCAAGUGUGAUAACAUUUUUGUGAAUGGGAAUCAAGGGGAAGUUAAGAUUGGUGAUCUUGGUCUGGCUGCAAUCCUCCGAAAAUCCCACGCUGCUCGGUGUGUAGGAACACCAGAGUUUAUGGCACCAGAGGUUUAUGCAGAGGAAUACAAUGAAUUAGUAGACAUAUAUUCAUUUGGAAUGUGCAUAUUGGAAAUGGUCACCUUUGAAUAUCCAUAUAGUGAAUGCACUCACCCUGCUCAGAUUUACAAGAAAGUUAUAUCCGGGAGAAAACCAGAGGCUUUGUACAAAGUUGAGGAUCUUGAAGUGCGACAAUUUGUUGACAAAUGCUUAGCUACAGUGUCCCAUAGGCUAACUGCUAAGGAGCUCCUGAGAGACCCUUUUCUCCAAAUUGAUGAUUAUAGUUCGGAUUUAACGCGGAUUAAAUAUUGCAGAGAUUUUGAUGAAGUAGGUCCUCUUUUCAGACAGCCUCUCUUAAUAAAUCGUCACAAUGGCAGCUCUUUAGUCAAUGGUUGCUCUAAUUAUCUUGGUUACAGAACCGAGAAUGACUUGGAUUACCAUCCAGUCGAGUUUAGAACGAAAGAAAUUGAUUUAUUCACUAAUCAAGAGGAUGAGCAUUUGGCACACAUUGACAUUACCAUCAAAGGGAGGAGGAAAGAAGAUGAUGGAAUCUUUUUAAGGCUCAGAAUUGGCGAUAAAGAAGGCCGUGUUCGAAACAUCUACUUCCCUUUUGACACCGAGAGUGACACUGCAUUUAGUGUUGCUACUGAAAUGGUAGCCGAGCUGGAUAUCAUUGACCAGGACGUGACUAAGAUAGCAGAUAUGAUUGACGGUGAAAUUGCUUCUUUGGUACCAGAGUGGAAGAGAGGGCUAGGCAGGGAUGAAAGUUCUCAUUACACAAGUGAAAAACUCUGCCACAAUUGUAAUUCAAAUGGUGCCUUUGUGGACUAUAUGUCAUCAAAUAAUCAAGGUUCCAAGGACCUGCAAAUUAUUCAAUGUUCUAACCAUGGAUGCGCUGCUGUACAUGGCCGGUUUGAAGAGAUCACAUACCAAUUUGAAGGGUCUGAACAAUGUGAUACCGAGGGUGCACCGGUGGUGUCAAGCCAAUCUGAUGGCAUACAUUAUGCUGAUAUUUGGGCACAACAUGAUGGACCGGAAUUAAGCUCGGAUGGAUAUUCCAGGGACUUCCACUCUGGUGAUGAACAAGAAUCAUUUGAUAAAUCAACUUUGAGAAAAGUUGAGUGUGUUACAAAUAUGGACAAUGAGAAAAGGUCCAAUGUGAGAGCUUCUCCGUCCGUUGAUCCUUCAGUAGCUCGUGCUCUUGCAGAGGAUUAUGAGAAUGAGAUAAGGCAGGAAUUAAGAUGGCUCAAGGCUAAGUAUCAAAUCCAGUUGGGGGAGCUUAGAGAUCAACAAUUAGGAGUCCCAUCAAAAUCUUCAUCUUCAACUGUUGUUUUUAACAACAAAAAAUACAGGAAGGAUAGUAGCUUCAGAUUAUCGUCAGUUUCAACACCAUCAGAGGAAGAGAAUAGUGAGCUUCUGCUAAAAUCUUUUGCUUCUGGUAAGCAUCUCACUUCAUAUUUUCCUGUCAAUGGUGAGAAGAAAUGUGUUAACCAAACGAUCCGAGAUUAUGAGUCCACUUACGGAUCUUGUAGUCCAGAGCAAAUGAUCACUGCCAAGAGUUAUUAUUCAGGGGCAUUGCUGCCACACACUCUUCAAAGGGCGACCUCUCUUCCAGUUGAUUCAAUAGAUUUCUAAAUGAGUUAUCUUUGUUAUUGUUUCACCAAGUCCACACAACACCCCCAAAUUAACUAACAUGUUUCCUUUCUCUUUUGAUGUGUAAAAUAAAGCGAUGGAUACAUGGUGUAAUGAGCAUAUAUGUAUUCUUUUAGAGCUUGUAGAAUGUCAAGACUAUCAACCCUAGUGAAAAUCAGUUCCACUUGGGGUUGAAAUGAGUUGAUGUACAUUACCCACUAACAUUACAUUAAGCAUGAGUUCCUCAAAUUUUCAAUUGGAUGCUUACAUAUA